AUGAAAUACGGCGAUACAUUGCGCCAGAGGAGCAUUCCUGAAUGGGGCCAUUUCAACAUCGACUAUGACUAUCUCAAAGACCUCAUCAAGCACCAGACCACGUCGGGCACCAACAAAGCCGUAUCCAUACCCGGCCAAGGCACCGGCACCACCGAGAAGGCCUUCAGCGAGACGUUCCUGCGAGUCCUACAGGCCCAGCACGACCGCAUAAACCUCUUCGUCCGGAGCAAGAGUGGCGAAAUCGAGCGCCGGCUGGAUCAUAUCAGCAAGAGCUUGGAGCUGUUGCGCUCCACACGCUCUCACGAGGCACGCCUGCCGGCCAGGACAGUAGAGAGAUAUGCCAAGAUAGACGCUGACGUAGCAAAGACUGCAGAGGAGAUUCGUUCCCUGUCACGCUUCGUAGUCGUUCAGCGGACCGGUUUCGCCAAGAUCCUCAAAAAAUACAAGCGCUGGACAAAGGACAGAGAGCUUGCCCACACCUUCAGAGAUGAGAUCAGCAGCCCCUCGGACAGCCUCUUCCAGCUGGACCUAGGCUACCUUCUCGAUCAAUACAUCAAUGUCCUCGGCGCCCUCCGCUCCGUCUUUGACGGCGACAACGCAGCCACGGCUCACGCCAAGGAUGUCGACGCUGAAUUGCCGGCCGCACGCAUAUCCAAAGCCCUUGAGCACGAGGAUCAGCUGGACUUCGACCUCACCUUGUCUACUGUCCCUUUGGGGACCAAUGGUCACAAAGCAACUUACUGGAUACAUCCCGAUCAUGUAGUCGAGGUCCAAGUCUUGUUGCUCCAAUACAUGCGACUGCACACCAAGAGCAGCAAAGCGACGUCGCGCAGAACAUCUGCAGGCGCAACGCCUCUCCGUCGCCAGUCCUCCAACAUCAGCACUGAUCGCUACUUCGGUAACGAAGACCACGUCGGCCUCCAGGUUCUUGAUUACGCAGAAGCAUUUGCUGUCAGGCAGAACGCCAGCACAGUUGGAUCAAGCGAAGAGAACAAGGGCAACGUUGGGAUCAAGGCAGCUGCCAACGUUCGCUUCUCGGCGGCUGCUGAGGCUGCCAUUGUGGUCUGCACAGCGACGGAUUCGCCCAUGCACUCCGCUGGGGACAUCAAGAUUGCGAAGCUAAAACGCAAGUUCACGGAAGCUUUCUUGGACACAUCAAAGCCGCUUCCCGACAAGCAGAACGUUCGCUUUGUGGAUCGGACAGGAUCGUUCAACGAUGGCGAAGAAGAAACUCAGACCAUCCGACAAUGGCUAACGGAGCACCGAGAGAUCAAGCCGAUUGCUGGUGUUGGCGCAAAGCGUACCAGAUUUGCUGGGCUGCACAACAACUCUUCAGGAGGCCUAUGGGCUACCUUGGACCGCGAUGUGUUUAUGAAAGGUUCUUUGAUCAAGGAUCUUGCCAACGACGACUGGGCACUGAUAGCGUCUCCGGAUGCGGCCAAGUUUCCUCAUGCUAUCUUGGAAGUUCGACGGGAGGGCAAUCUGCCUGCGUCCCUGAUACAGACGCUCGACCGAAGCCACUUGGUCGAACGUGUUCGCGGCUUCUCAAUCGAAGCUCAUGCUGUAUGGACUUGUUGCAAGCCAAGCUCCAUGUCUGCACCUCACUGGAUUUCCAUCCUUGACAAAGACAUUCGCAAGCUGCCGGAGCCAGUCAAGAGACGUAGUCGUAAGAACAGAGGCAGCAUGAGCGGCUCGAACACACAGUCCUCGCCGCCAAUGACGUCGACGUCCAACACCUCAUUCGACGGCCAGCUUAGCCCCUCGACGCUUCGCAACGGCGAGUCUUCUGCAACCUCGGCACAAGACUUUCCAGAUCCUCCGUCACUACAGGCUUUUAGGAAGAAGCAUCGCAAGUCGUUCUCCGAACACCCACCUCCAGUCAUUCGAGAGGAACCCGAAUCGCAACGCUACUGGAACGAGUACGACCAUCCCGAAGACGAAGACGAAGGCUACUACAUCUACGUCGACCCCAAUGCCUCGGUCAAGUUCCCUGGCCAAGAGACGUUUGAGGCAUGGACAAGGAAAACAAGAAAGAUGCUCGGCUUGCGGCUCCAGGCGGAAGAGCGGUCCUUGUUGUCUGCCGUGGAAGAUGGCACAACGGAUGACGAAGAAUCUGGGUCGGAGAGUGCGCUGGGCUGGAAUCCGCGCUCAAACUACGGCACCAUGACCUCGCAGAACGGAGGUACCCACGAAGGCUACUUCAGCAGUAUCUUCAGCGGCAAGGUAAACCCGCACCACGACGCGGAAGCCCUGCAGGAGCGCAGAUCGCUGCUCGGCGAACUCCGGACGCGCCAGCGGGAGCGGGAGCGGACAAAGCUUCGUUUCUACUCGACGUGCCUGGCGGCUGCGUUUGCAAUCGACUUCAUCCUAGGUCUCAUGACGAUGACGAGUCGCAAGAAGGAGAGGGGUGCUGUGGAUGCCGGUGUCUUGUUUGGUGCCGUGUGCACCCUGAUUUUAUGCGUUGUGGCUGUCAUCAGCAUGAAGACAAGGAGAGAGAAGCUGGGCUGGAUUCACCAAGGCGUCGUGCUCAGCAUUGUGCUUGCGCUCCUGGGUCUGGAUAUUUUGCUGCUCUUGUGGGUUUUGAGGGUUUGA